AUGGCGACAAAGAACGUUAACCCGCCACAAUCCUUCAUAUCCAGCUAUGCGCCGCGACUGCGAACAUAUGCCAACCCGCUACUUACACCUGUUAUCCAACCAGCCGUUGCUCAAGCGGUCGUUCAGUCAAGAACUACAAAGAGAGGCACAACAGCUAUCAACUAUGCAGAAGAUGGGUACGACGAUUAUGACGAUGAUGAUGACGAUACUCGGAGGAGGCCGACCGGUUUACGGAGCAUAAGACGAGAUGAUUCGGGUCAGGGCAAGCAGGAUCCGUCAGAAAAGGUUGGGAAAGAAGCUACAGCGCCGGUGGAGGUCCAGGGAAUUUGGAGAGACUGGAUGAGCAAGACGAGGCCCUCAAAAUCGGAUAUGCAGAAUUUCGCCCAAACAACACUACCAUUGACACUUAUACCCAUCUGUAUCGAUCUCGAAAUUCCCGCUUUCAUUCCUCAAGCACCUCUCCCACCACCCCAGGGAGUUGGUUUCGGUCAGAUUGACACAUCACUCGCGGUAUACAGAACGCAGGAGACAACUGUACCGUACAGGUUGAAAGACAUCUUUCUAUGGAAUCUUCACGAGACCCUGACUACUACCGACCAAUUCGCCCAAUGUAUGGUGCAAGAUCUGGAUCUACCCAAUCGUGCCAUGUAUGCCGCGGAAAUUAGCAAGCAGAUUCGAACGCAGCUGGAAGAGUACGCAGGUGUAGCUCUACAUCCGUUAUUUCAUACACAGACGUCGGCAACCAACGGCGCAGUCACAACUAUCAAAGCUGCUUCCCGGGAUGUGUCUGCGACGCCCGCAGCGAGUGGGAACGCAACACCUCUACGAAAUGGCUUAAGCCAAUUGAACAUUGUUUCCACUCCAAAAAUUGAACAAUCCAACCAGGAAAUCAGAGCCACCGCGGCUAGCAUCCCACCGGAUUCUGACGACUUUAAUCCUGAUGACAUGUACCGUUGUAUCAUUACAUUGAAUGUUAAUCUCUCCACAUUCCUGUACCAAGAUAAAUUUGAAUGGUCAUUACUACACCCACCAGGCACGGCGGAGAUGUUUGCGAAGCAAACAUGUGCUGAUAUUGGACUGCCUGGGGAGUGGGUACCAGCCAUAACCCAUGCGAUCUACGAAGCUGUAUUGAAAUUAAAGAAGGAAGCCUGUGAAAGUGGUGGCAUUGUUGGAGGAUAUAGUGGCGAGAUGCCAAAUGAUGCUGCCCAUGGUGCGGAAGCCGGUUGGAGAUAUGACAAUGAGCAUUUAGCGGAUGAGUGGGAACCAAAAGUCGAACAGCUCUCGAAAGAGGAUAUCGAGAAGCGAGAAGGCGAUCGGGAACGGCAGAUUAGGAGGCUUCGACGAGAGACGGCUCGCUUCUCUUCUACUACCGGGAUGAUGGGAGGCAUGCCAUCAGGUACAGAAAAUAAGGGAUAUUUCGACGAGCCAUCGGAAGAACGGAUGGGUAGAGGGGAGCGUAGCAAGAAAAAGAGACGCUUCAGGAGUUUGAGUCCAGUUGGUCGAUCAGGCACACCUGGCGGAAGAGGGACUCCGGAUGGAGGUGCUGCCGGCUAUGGUGGAGGUAGCUCUAUGACCGACCAGGAACGACAAACGUGGCGAUGUAGGCAUUGCAUGAUUUGGGCAACUUCGGUUUGGGCUGUCCGUGAUGGUCCCCAUGGCUUCCGAACUCUGUGUAGCAAUUGUGGCUUCCUUUACGAACGAGAUGGAAAGCUUCCUAAGUUCUCGAAGAACUUGCACAAGGAAGACAAACGUGCAGCUGAAUAUCGAUGA